AUGGGGUUUCUGGCAAACUUCUACGAGACGUUAGCCAAGGAGGGGCGUCUCGAUGUUCUACUACUCUUUGGCAUGUACGACGAGCGUGUUUACGAGGUCGUAGAUCGUCAUCGCCUGGCAAAUGACAUUGUUAAGCUGCUGCCAUCCCCACGGGCAGCCUUGUUUCUCUCACGCGGUAUGGUCUAUGACUGUAUUAACGAGGUCGUUAUUCGCGACUUUAUCAAAAUUUGCAUGAUGCUCUCUCGCUACAAGUCCGUGGAAGAAGGGGCAAGUCUCGCCGAACUUAUUGGAAGUUGCGGGAUUCCUGAGCAGUACCGGAUGAGCAUGUUUAAUUUUAGCGAGACCUAUCGCCAUAUGAUCUUGUCGAAAUCGUAUUUUCCUCAGCGAUCAGUGUUGCGGCUUUUAUCCUACAUUUUCUGCGAUGACAUCCUUUCAGAUGCUGUGGCCCAACUGCAGUACAAGUCGGAUAUCUUAAACCAUGUGAAUAAAGUGUACGUGGAUACCCCAGACCUUGUGUCGUGGCGUUUUUCUGUGCGUGUCAUGUCACUUGCGGGUGGGUAUAACGAGGAUCGCAGCGACGUCGAGUACACGGAGUUGUUGACCCGCGUGGUCACGCGCAUGGUUCCAGAGUUUUUCAUUUACUUUACCGCAACGUUUGUAUACGCCAUGUUUCGUCACUAUCCGCGGCGUGUGCGUGGCAUCACGCCGCGGUGGCUCGCUCGGCAGCGUGCUCUUUUUUCUGCCACUUACUGUGCCAUAUUGGGCGUGUACGUCAAUUCAUAUCUUGAGUACCGUAUUUACAAGCAUAGGAUACUGUACGAACUACGUAAAAGUCAAGAGUUCCGUCGUCGGCGUGGUGCGGCAAAGCGUGGUAUUGAAUACCACGAAAACAAGUAUUUUGACAACCUUGAGGGUGUGACGCGUCGUGUCUACUCGAUGCAGAGCACGGCGUAUGGUACCACUGGCGGAGCACUGCUGCUUUCCAUUCUUCCUCUUGCCCCAGUGAAGUUCCCGAAAUGGAUGGGGGACGUUGCAUGGCGUCACCCCUUUGUCCCGCGUCUAUUCCCGGCCGUGCUGGGAAUGCACACAGCAUCACGGUGCCUGGUGCCCUUUGUCUUUGCCCCCUUUGUGACUGUGACAAUUUCGAGAUUCAACGGCUGGGGAGCAACCCUGUACGAUCGUUACGUGGAGUUUCGCAUGCGGAUGUGGUACCGCAAGGUGGAAGUGGCUUUUGAUACAUCGACAGAUGUGGUGGAUGCCGACAUCACAAAAGAUCAACGCAAGAAACUAUUUUAG